AUGAACCUUUGCUCUCCUCGGCGUUCACGCCUCUUCACCAACCCCAUGCCCCCCCACCCCUCAACCCCUCGACUCCACGCAUCGAGUGCAUCCGUGACGGAGGCUAUCACCUCGCUGGUUGCCUUGGCAUCGGCAACUGUCUGCCAGGCAUUACAUGACAGAGCAAUGGACAAGAGGCGAUUAGGGCCAGUGGCUACGACUGGUCAAAGAUGUCCGCUGCAAAGUUUCGCCUUAAGCGCACUGUAG